CCUGCCGCGGGCCUCGGGCCCCUGCCGGCCGCGGGCGGCCCGGGCGGGGCGAGGCCGCGCUCGGCGGACCCGGAGAGCUCGGAGGACUCCGAGGACUCGGAGGAGGUCGUCGGAGUGCGGCGGAAGCGGCUCCGCCUGCGGUUCCAGGCGUCCGACGGCAGCGGCGGCGACGCGGGGCUGCCGGAGGCCGUCCGCGAGAGGGCGCGGGCCGCGCUGCUGGAGGUGCGGCUGCGCCACCCCGCGAGGAGGCGCUGGGAGGCGUCCGCAAGGCGGCGCCCCCCGCCCGGCGAAGCCGGAGCCGCGGGCCGCCGGCGAAGCAGGGCAGGGCGGACCGCGGCCGCUCAGCCGCCGCCUGGUCGGCCUGACGCGGGGGGGGGGGGGGUCGGCUGCACCGUCGACGAGGGCAG